GAAGACUUGGACACAGAGGAUGGCCUAGAAGAUUAUGUAGAGACAUCGGGCAACCCAGCCUUGCAGGAUUUGGUCAAGCGAUGCCAGGAUCGAUGCUGUGCCUUCAACAACAAAUUGACAGGAAAGGAAGGAGCCCGUCAAGCUGAAAAGCUGCUCUCUGUGAUUGAGAAGAUGGUGCGGCAGAAUCAGGACAGCCCGUAUCUCAUGGAGUUUCCUGAAGAGAUGGAAGUGCGGACAGCAGAUGGGGCAUCUUCAGAGGAAAAUAAAUCAGAGGGGUCUUUGUGGAAAUGUGGCAAAAUAGAGCCUCCCAAACCAGGGCCCGGAAGAGCAAACGAGGAGGAACGGGAGUGGCGGAUUGUGCUUGUGGGGAAGACGGGAGGAGGGAGAAGUGCCUCCGGGAACACCAUUCUGGGGGAAAAGAGGCUGAAGUCUGAACUUUCGCCAAAGCCAGUGACCCAGACAUGCAUCAAGGAAGAACGGGCAGAGAACUGGAAGGGGAAGAGGAUUGCCAUCAUCGACACUCCCAACAUCUUUGAUGCCGGUCUCCAAGAACCACAGAAAUACUGGGAGAUCCAGAAGUGCCGAGAUCUGACCAAGCCUGGGCCUCACGCUCUGGUGUUUGUGACCCAGGUUGGCCGUUUCACUGAGGAAGACAUCGUGGCUUUGAAGAAGGUGGAGGAGCUCUUUGGCCAGGAGGCCACAAAGUACAUGAUUGUCCUGUUCACCCGCAAGGAAGACUUGGACACAGAGGAUGGCCUAGAAGAUUAUGUAGAGACAUCGGGCAACCCAGCCUUGCAGGAUUUGGUCAAGCGAUGCCAGGGUCGAUGCUGUGCCUUCAACAACAAAUUGACAGGGGAGGAAAGGGCCCACCAAGCCACAGAGCUGCUCUCUCUGAUUGAGAAGAUGGUGCGGCAGAAUCAGGACAGGCCGUAUCUCAUGGAGCUUCCCGAGGAGAUGGAAGUGCAGACAGUAGAUGGGGCAUCUUUAGAGGAAAAUAAAGCAGGGGCGUCUGCAAGGAAACGUGACAAAAAGGAGCCUCCCGAACCAGACCCUGAACUGAGGAUUGUUCUCGUGGGGAAAACCGGAUCCGGGAAGAGUGCCACAGGAAACACCAUCCUGGGACAGAAGAAGUUUUAUUCUACCUUGUCACCCACAUCAGUGACAAAAACAUGUGAAAAGAAGGAGACUGUAAUUGAUGGCAGGAAAAUGGUGGUUGUUGACACUCCUGGAUUUUUUGACUCCAAUGUCACACCGGAAGAAACUUCCAAGGAAGUUGAAAAGUGUGUAAAAUGGUGCUACCCAGGUCCACACGCCAUCAUACAAGUCAUGCAAUUGGCCCGUUUCACUCAGGAGGAGAAAGAUGUUGCUCAAAUAAUCCAAGAUAUUUUCAGCCUUGAGGCAAAGGAUUACAUGAUCCUUCUGUUCACCCAUAAAGAUACUCUAGAAGAAAAGCCUUUGGAAACAUUUUUAAAUGAAGGAGAUGCUUCUCUUUGGGAGCAGAUUGAGCGAUGCGGGGGCCGGUACCUUGCUUUCAACAACAGGGCUGAAGGUCAGGAGAAGGAAGAGCAGGUGAAGGAGCUGCUGGGCAUGAUCGAUGCCAUGGUGAGAAAGAACAGCCAGGCCCCCUGUUACACUCAAGAGAUGCUCGCCAGGGAACGAAACAACCUCAAAACAAUAACGAAACGAAUACAAUAUCGAAAUACGAAGCAU